UUACAUAAUUCAGAGGGUCAGAAAGGAAUAUAAAGAAAUAUAUUUAUUAAAAAAAAAAGAGCUAGGUGAGUUAAUUGGUGGAGAUGAAAAAAUGGGUGGUUUUGGUGGUUUUUUUGGUAUCAUUGAAAACAUUAAGUUUUGGAGUUAAAGAAGAAGAAGUUACAUACGAUGGAAGAUCUCUUAUCAUCAAUGGCCACAGAAAUAUUCUCUUCUCUGGUUCUAUUCAUUACCCCCGCAGCACCCCUCAGAUGUGGCCAAAUUUGAUAGCGAAAGCAAAACAAGGUGGUUUGGAUGUUAUUCAGACUUAUGUGUUUUGGAAUCUUCAUGAGCCCCAACCCGCCAAGAAGAACAGUAUGAUUUCAGCGGCAGAUAUGACUUGGUGAGAUUCAUAAAGGAAAUCCAAGCUCAAGGAUUGUAUGUUUGUCUCAGGAUUGGACCUUUCAUCGAGAGUGAAUGGACAUACGGGGGAUUCCCAUUUUGGCUACACGAUGUCCCUGGCAUUGUCUACCGAACGGACAAUAAGCCUUUCAAGUUCUACAUGCAAAAUUUUACAACAAAAAUCGUGAACAUGAUGAAAGAAGAGGGUUUAUAUGCUUCGCAAGGAGGCCCAAUUAUAUUGUCACAGAUUGAGAAUGAAUAUCAAAACAUCGAAAAGGCAUUCGGGGUCGCAGGAUCGCAGUAUGUUGAAUGGGCUGCAAAAAUGGCAGUGGGCCUUAAUACUGGCGUGCCGUGGGUUAUGUGCAAGCAAACCGAUGCUCCUGAUCCUGUGAUUAAUGCAUGCAAUGGUAUGAGAUGUGGAGAAACUUUUACCGGACCAAACUCCCCCAAUAAGCCUGCUUUGUGGACGGAGAAUUGGACAUCUUUCUAUCAAGUUUAUGGUGGAGUGCCAUAUAUACGCUCUGCUGAAGACAUUGCAUUUCAUGUCACUCUUUUUAUUGCAAGAAACGGAAGCUUUGUCAACUACUAUAUGUAUCAUGGUGGAACUAACUUUGGAAGAACAAGCUCUGCUUAUAUUAUAACAGCCUAUUAUGAUCAAGCACCACUUGAUGAAUAUGGUUUGUUCAGGCAACCUAAGUGGGGACAUCUCAAGGAGUUACAUGCUGCAAUCAAGUCUUGCUCCACCACUUUAUUACAAGGAGUGCAGAGGAACUUUUCUUUAGGUGAAAUGCAGGAGGCUUAUGUUUUUGAAGAAGAAAAUGGAGAAUGUGUUGCGUUCCUUAUAAACAAUGAUAGAAGGAAUAAUGUUACUGUCCAAUUCCACAAUAGUUCACAUGAAUUGCUCCCCAAGUCAAUAAGUAUCUUACCAGAUUGUCAAAAUGUGGUUUUCAAUACUGCAAAUGUAAAUACAACGAGCAACAUAAGAAUCAUAACUUCAAGACAAAACUUCAGCUCAGUGGAUGAUUGGAAACAAUACCAAGAUGUCAUUUCAAAAUUUGAUGACACCUCACUAAGAUCAAACUCAUUACUUGAACAAAUGAAUACAACCAAAGAUAUUUCUGAUUACCUUUGGUAUACUCUUAGACUUGAAAAUAAUUUAUCUUGCGGCGAACCAACGCUUCGUCUUCAUUCUGCUGCUCAUGUUGCUUAUGCUUUUGUGAACGACACAUACAUUGGAGGGGCACAUGGAAAUCAUGAUGUGAAGUCAUUUACACUAGAGCUCCCUGUUACAUUAAAUGAAGGAAAAAACAAUAUUUCUAUUCUCAGCGUUAUGGUUGGACUUCCUGAUUCAGGGGCAUUUCUUGAAAGAAGAUUUGCUGGUUUAAUCAAUGUAGAACUUCAGUGUAGUAAACAAGAGUCUCUUAAUUUGAACAAUUAUACAUGGGGAUAUCAGGUUGGAUUACUGGGAGAACAAUUAGAAGUAUAUAAAGAACAAACUAGCAGUGACAUUGAAUGGACUCAAUUGGAGCAUAUCAUGAUUGAUCAAAUUACUCUCACUUGGUACAAGACUACAUUUGACACACCUAAGGGAGAUGACCCUGUUGUCUUAGACCUAAGUUCUAUGGGAAAAGGUGAGGCUUGGGUAAAUGGACAAAGCAUUGGUCGCUAUUGGAUUUUGUUUCAUGAUUCCAAAGGCAACCCUUCACAAUCAUUGUAUCAUGUUCCUCGGUCUUUCCUUAAAGAGAGUGAAAACAGUUUGGUUUUGUUAGAGGAAGGUGGUGGGAACCCUCUUGAUAUCUCCUUGAACACUGUUUCAGUCACAGAUUUACAUGAAAACUUUUCUAAAUUGCCAUUCCCCACCUCUGUUUAAUACUAAUAGAAAAAAAUAUAGUAAAACACGCGUAAAUCAUACAUACAGAAUCUGUUUCCUCUGUAGAUUGUGAAAUGAUAGCAUUUUAACUUGGCUUGUACUUGUACACGUGAACACAAAUUGAUUAUUAAUGAAAGAAAAAAUACAUAUUUUAUUUAAACCUCUGCA